AUGGAUGCGAUGGAAGGCGUCACGAGGACUUGUGCGGCCAUAGUUGAGGAACGCCGGGCCGAACUCGAACGGCGAGAAAACAAAAUCAAGGAGCGCCAAGUUGAGCUCCAGAAAUGCAGGGCGCGACUCCAGGAAGCCGAGACUCAGGUGGAUGUUGCUCGAAGCUGUCUUGCCACUAUGGGGCAGAACAACUACGUAAUACAUCAGUACACCGCGGAGACGAACGACACCUAUGCAGACACGGAUCAUGAUAGACUCUCGAGUCACUCGGCACCCCCUCCUUAUUCGCCUCCCAACGAUCUCGAUCACGAAAGGAUACCAGCAGCAAGUGACGCGCCGAUAGACGGAGACACAGAUCAACUACACCAGAGAGAGCGCGAUCAUGGAAGCAGCGACUCUGAUAACAGCAGCGAUGAACGCGACUACCAUGAGCGGAGGAGAAAACUCAUCGCAGAACUUCUCCCUCUCUACAGGGAGAUUGGCAAGUCAAAGAGUGAGCUGACGAAACGCAAAAGAGAAGCACGGGCGCCCCAGGAGAUGAUCGGACUGCUUCGAAGACACAUCAGCCUCAUGGAACAAGCAAUGGGUCCGCUGAAGCAGUUGGCGUUCGAUGUUGGCGAGUUCGAUCCUCUAGUUGAUACCGCGAUAGAGGCCGUUACGGGAGGACCGAUAUCCCUAGGAUGGUGA